AUGACCGAAAAUUUAAUCACUUUGGAAGAAGUUUCAAAGCAUAAUACACAACAAUCAACGUGGCUCGUAAUUGACAGUAAGGUAUAUGAUGUAACGAAAUUUCUUGAGGAGCAUCCGGGUGGUGAAGAGGUAUUGCUUGAAGUUGCCGGUCGUGAUGCAACAGUUAAUUUUCAUGAUGUUGGUCAUUCAAAAGAUGCAAAAGAAUUAGCUGAACAAUAUGCGAUUGGAUAUAUUAAGAAAUCUGAUGAUUUUGUUCCUAGCCAAACGAAUAUAUCGGGUUCAAAAAGUGUUACGUGGUCGGAGAUUAUAUUCAGUCCAACUUGGAGUAAUUUUUUGAUUCCUGUGGCACUUUCAGUUAUAGUUUAUUCAUUUUAUACUCUGUCGAAGUCAGCACUCAACAAGAUAUUCUAG